CGCCGCCAGCCAGUAGAGCCGCAGCUGGCAGCGGGCGAAGAUGAGGUCGUCGUCGUGGUCGUGGCUGCUGCACUUGGCGCUCUGCUCGCUUCUGGCUUACAUGCAUGUGUCUGAUGCGGCCACAACACACAUAAAGAGAGCAACAAAUUGUGGAAAGAGCAAAUUUCAGUGUAAAGAUGAAGCCUGCAUAAAUAAUGAAUCUGUCUGUGAUGGUGUUAGAGACUGUGCCGAUGGCUCUGAUGAAGACCAAGAUUCGUGCUUCAAGGUGUUAGUGCCUGCAGUUACUAAUUUCAUUGCAAGUAACGUGCUCCAGCCUUCAGUUCCUUGUACAGAAGAAGAGUUCCAGUGUCCCACUGGAGAAUGUAUUAAUUCUCAACUGAAAUGUAAUGGCAGAAAUGACUGUCCAGACGGUGCUGAUGAACGUCUUCCAGAAUGCCGAUCUAAAAUUCCUAGCUGCAAUGCUGAUGAGUUCCAGUGUAAGUCUGGGUCUUGUAUUGCAUCAUCAAGUGUUUGUGAUGGAAGACGUCACUGCAAUGAUGGGAGUGAUGAAGCACGUGCUCUUUGUGGCAGUGGCAUUGAUGGUGACAGACCCUGCUUGUAUCCAGCAACCAUUGAACAUGGAACAUAUACAGUCUUGGGAUGUGAGUCAUGUACACCUGAUCCUGGUAAACCUAUACAGGAGGGUACAACUAUCUUGCGGUACACUUGUGAUCCUGGAUAUGAACUUAAGGGUGAAAAUAUUCUUUUUUGUCGCAAUGGGCAAUGGAGUAAAAAUACACCAACAUGUGAACAACGAAAGUGUCCUAGACUCACAUCAGAAUCAAUUUAUGCUGACUGCUUCUAUGGUGAAUCGAGGUUCACUUGUGACUAUCCAGUUCUCCCAGGAACAAAAGCAGUUGUGGAUUGCAAAUUGUAUUAUACAUCAGCAACUAGACUAAAACAAAGUCUGACAUGUGGACUUGAUGGUCAGUGGAAUAGUGUAGUCAAGAAAUGCUAUCCAGCAUGUGGAAAGGACCGGUCUGGAAAUUCCCCUCUUCUAGCUCAUGGUACAACUGUAAAAGGUGGAGAAUUUCCAUGGCAUGUGGGAAUAUAUAAAAAUGUAGGAGAUAUUUAUGCAAACAUUUGUGGAGGUUCUUUGAUUUCUCUUACAUUUGUACUAUCAGCUGCUCACUGCUUCUGGAACAAUGCAAAAAGUGAGAAAUUUCCUGAGGACCUUUUCAGAGUAAUAGCUGGAAAAAUUCACAAAAGCUACACCACUAAAGAUCCUGGCCAAGAAGAACGAGCAGUAAAGUUUAUUGAUAUUCCUCAAAGUUUCCAAGGGGCAUCUAUGGCCUAUCAUGAUGACAUUGCUGUACUGGUCAUGGAUUCCCCAUUUCCACUAACUGAGAUGAUUCGUCCUGUGUGCGUGGACUGGGAUGAUCUUUACUAUGUUGGACCAGGUGAUAAGGGACAUGUUGCAGGUUGGGGUAUAACAGAAGAAGGAGAACCAAGUGAAGAACUCCUUUCUGCAGAAUUUCCUGUAAUUGAAUAUCGGGAAUGUCUCAAGAAAAUUAAACCAAACUACCAGAUCUACUUUGGAAGCGAUAAGAUUUGUGCUGGAUACAGAAAUGGGACAACUGCGUGUAAUGGAGACAGUGGUGGAGGGCUCACCUUCAUACAUGAACUCAAUCCAUUAGGACCUUCAAGUAAGCUUUAUUUUGUGCAGGGCAUUGUUAGCACAAGUGGAGGUUCUAGUCAAAUUGGUACUUGCAACCUGGAAGACUAUGUUGCAUUUACAAAAGUAUCAGAAUUUAGAAGUUUUCUUGACAAGUAUAGAGAGUAUUAAACUAUUAGAUACUCAAUUUUACUUUUAAAGACUAUUGCUCCUUUAUAAUGUUAAGGGAAUUGCAAGAACUACAGCUCUAUAAUAAAAGAAAUCAGUUACUUUGUUUUUUAUAACUACAACUCUGCAGAUAAGUUCUCUAAAAGUAAAAUUUUCAGUUUAAGAAGGAAUGUCUUAUUUAUUGUUCUUAAUGAGAAGCUAAUUGGUUUGAUCAUUAAUCUUGGGUUUGUAACUUGAAGCUUAUGAAAGAAUUUGAAAUGUUACAAACUUUUGUUGGUUCAUGUUCUAGAAUUGUAUGGAAACAAGUAUACAAACUGUCAAGGUUGCUCAUGCUGUGGGCUGCUGCUCAGUUGCCCAAGUGCUGAGAUCAGUUAACAUUCCUCAUUGUAUCCAAUGAUAGUAUUUAAUAUCAGUGUAAUAGUUAAUUUUUUGUUAUGAACAAAAUGUCUUUUGACAAAUAGUACUUGCUGCCUCCGAAAAUAAAAAUGGUUGGAUGCAAACAUAAAAAUCUUAAAAGUAGACCACAAGUAAAAUACUUGCAAAGAAUACAUUUAGUUACAGUGAACCCCAACUCACCUGUCCUAUCUGGUGAUGACAGUGUUAAUUCUCAUAAUAAUUUUAGCAAACUUGGCUAUCGGACUUUGAUAAUGAAUGCAGGUUCUAGUUUGUGUUGUGAUAAACAAUCAGAUAAUUGAAUUUUUUUGAUUAAUAAAGAACACCACAUAAUAGUGUGAAGCUGAA